AUGAAGCUUUAUUCGGUUGAAGAUAGUCCUCCUAGUACAGCAUGCCGCAUGUUAUUAAAAUAUUUGAAAAUCCCUUUUGAAGUUGUUGAAGUCGAUUUUUUCGCUGGGGAACAUUUAAACGAAGAGUACGCAGAGCUAAACCCCCAACGUGAUGUUCCACUUCUUGAAGACAAUGGAUUCUUUCUAAGUGAACAUAUUGCAAUCAUGCAAUAUUUUUGUGACAAAUAUGCUGCUGAUUCUACAAUUUAUCCUCGUGAUCCCACACAAAGGGCUUUGGUAAAUCAUCGAUUGUGUUUCAACAUGGCCCAUUUUUAUGGUGCUGUUGGAGCUUACGCUCUUGCACCGAUAAUUUAUGAUUACCCAAGAGAUGCUUUAGGUCUUAAACGAGUGAAUAUGGCUUUGGAAGUAUUUGAAAAAUAUUUGAAAAGAAUGGGAAAGAAAUUUGUCGUCUCCAACAAUGUUACAAUAGCUGACUUUGCAAUGGUCUCUUCAAUGAUGUGCUUGGAAGCAAUCGGCGUUGCUUUCGAUAAGUAUUCGCUUGUCCAAAAAUGGUAUGAAAAUUUCAAGCAAGAGCGACCAGAUGAAUGGUCAGUUGCUAAAGAAGCCAUGAAAGUACUUGAAGAAAUAAAUUUGAGACCUCCAGAUUUGAGUAAAUUGAAUCACCCAAUACAUCCAGUUCGUAAAGCUGUUGAAUGCUGCAUGACUAAACGAUAA